AUGGACGAAACAUUUUGUUUGUUACGAAGGCAUCACAUUCAUUUUCGUCACUCCAAUAAAGGUUCUUUUUCAAGAACUUCAAAAGGGUCAUUGAGAAACCGAAUAUCUUUGCAUUGCUUUGAUUCAUCACCUCUAUUCACUGUGAAUGAUUUAACCAGAAAGAAGGGGGUGAAAAAGAGGUUGGUUGGUGAAAGAUUAGUAGCAUCUAAGAUGGCUGGAUAUGAAGGGAUAGCGACAAGUUCUGAGGUGAAAUCGGGUAAAAUGAUAUUUGAGCCAAUUCUAGAGGAGGGAGUUUUUCGUUUUGAUUGUUCUGCGGAUGAUAGAAAUACAGCCUUCCCGAGCAUUUCCUUUAAGAAUCCGAAAGAGAGGGAUAUGCCAAUUAUGAAUGUUCAUAAAAUUCCAACAUACAAUCCCACAUUUGAAUGUGUUAUGGGACAACAGAUAGUCAAUAUUGAGUUCCCGUCUGGUACCUCUUUUUAUGGAACUGGAGAAGUUAGUGGGCAGCUGGAGCGGACGGGGAAGAGAAUUUUUACUUGGAAUACUGAUGCAUGGGGCUAUGGUACGGGAACAACUUCCUUGUAUCAAUCCCAUCCUUGGGUUCUAGCAGUUCUCCCUGAUGGAGAAGCAUUAGGGGUUCUUGCGGAUACUACACAACGAUGUGAGAUUGACUCAAGAAAGGAAUCAAAUAUAAAGGUCAUUGCUCCAUUAUCGUAUCCUUUGAUCACGUUUGGUCCGUUUGCUUCACCAACAGAUGUUCUUAUGUCUUUCGCCCGGGCUGUUGGUACUGUUUUUAUGCCCCCAAAAUGGUCACUGGGCUAUCAUCAAUGUCGUUGGAGCUAUGCUUCUGAUGCACGAGUUCGUGAGAUUGCAAGGACAUUUCGUGAAAAAAAUAUACCUUGUGAUGUCAUAUGGAUGGACAUCGAUUACAUGGAUGGUUUUCGUUGUUUCACAUUUGACCAGGAGCGGUUCUCGGAUCCAAAAUCUCUUGCAGAUGAUCUUCAUAAAAAUGGUUUCAAAGCAAUCUGGAUGCUCGACCCUGGGAUCAAAUAUGAAAAGGGCUAUUUUGUUUAUGACAAUGGUUCUAAAAGAGAUAUCUGGAUUCAAACUGCUGAUCGAAAGCCAUUUGUAGGGGAGGUGUGGCCUGGGCAAUGUGUAUUUCCCGACUUCACAAAAUCAGAAGCUCGUUCAUGGUGGGCUAAUCUUGUCAAGGACUUUGUUGAUAAUGGUGUUGAUGGUAUAUGGAAUGAUAUGAAUGAACCGGCUGUUUUCAAGACUGUAACAAAGACAAUGCCUGAGAGCAAUAUUCAUAGAGGAGAUCCAGAGCUUGGAGGCUGUCAGAACCAUUCAUACUAUCACAAUGUUUAUGGUAUGCUGAUGGCAAGAUCAACAUAUGAAGGCAUGAAACUAUCUAAUGAACAAAAACGUCCAUUUGUUCUUACUCGAGCUGGAUUUGUUGGUAGCCAAAGGCAUGCUGCUACAUGGACGGGAGAUAAUCUUUCUACUUGGGAGCACCUUCAUAUGAGUAUAUCUAUGGUUCUUCAACUGGGGCUUAGUGGGCAGCCGCUUUCAGGGCCAGAUAUUGGUGGAUUUGCUGGGAAUGCAACACCAAAGCUGUUUGGAAGGUGGAUGGGUGUGGGUGCUAUGUUUCCUUUUUGUCGUGGGCAUUCUGAAAUUGAUACCAUCGAUCACGAGCCCUGGUCUUUUGGAGAAGAGUGUGAAGAAGUUUGUCGAUUGGCAUUGAGGAGGCGUUAUCGGCUUUUACCUCACAUAUAUACUCUGUUUUACUUGGCACAUACGCUGGGUAUCCCGGUGGCAACUCCCACUUUUUUUGCUGAUCCCAAAGAUUUUGAGUUAAGAAUGCAUGAAAAUUCAUUCUUGUUGGGGCCACUUCUCGUAUAUGCAAGCACCAGGCAUGAUGAAGAGUUAUAUCAAAUGCAGCACAAGUUGCCUAAAGGAAUCUGGUUGAGUUUUGAUUUUGAAGAUUCUCAUCCGGAUUUGCCAUCAUUAUACUUGAAAGGAGGAUCCAUCAUUCCUUUGGCGGCUCCUCAUCAACAUGUUGGUGAAGCUACUCCUAUGGAUGAUAUAUAUCUGCUGGUAGCUUUGGAUGAACAUGGUAAAGCUGAAGGUAUUCUCUUUGAAGAUGAUGGUGAUGGAUAUGAAUACAUAAAAGGAGGAUAUCUGUUGACAACAUACGUUGCUGAACUUCAGUCUUCGGUGGUUACUUUAAGAGUUUCAAAAACUGAAGGACAUUGGAAGAGACCAAACCGUCGCUUACACGUGCAAUUACUUCUUGGCAUAGGUGCUGUGAUUGAAGCAUGGGGCACUGAUGGGGAUAUUCUGCAAAUCAAAAUGCCCUCAGAAGAUGAUUUGUCAGAAUUAACAUCGGCUGGCAAAAGGCAAUACAGACUUCGUAUAGAAAGUGCUAAGCGUAUUCCAGACUUGGAUAAUGUUUCUGGACACAAGGGAACUGAACUAUCAUGGACUCCUGUUGAAUUAAAAAAUGGGGUUUGGGCUCUGAAAAUAGUUCCGUGGAUAGGAGGUAGAAUUAUUUCCAUGGAGCACCUACCUUCAGGAACUCAAUGGCUUCACAGCCGGGUGGAUGUUAAUGGGUAUGAAGAAUAUAGUGGUGUGGAGUACCGAUCUGCUGGAUGCUUCGAGGCAUAUUCUGUUGUUGAUCAGGAUCUGGAGCAGGCUGGAGAAAUAGAAUCCCUUAAGUUAGAAGGUGAUAUAGGAGGCGGAUUAAUUCUUGAGCGGAAAAUAUUUUUUCCAGAAAAUGGCCCAAAUCAUUUCCAAAUUGAUUCUGGCAUUGUAGCUCGUAAAGUUGGUGCUGGUUCUGGUGGAUUUUCUAGGCUCGUGUGCUUGCGAGUGCAUCCAAUGUUCAAUUUGUUACAUCCUACUGAAUCGUACGUGUCAUUUACCUCCAUCAACGGUUCCAAGCAUGAGAUUUGGCCAGAAGCUGAUGAGCAGUUUUUCGAAGGGGAUCUUCGACCAAAUGGUGAAUGGAUGCUGGUUGAUAAAUGCCUUGGUCUCGCCUUAGUCAAUCGGUUCGACAUCAGUCAGACAUACAAGUGUCUUGUACAUUGGGGGACGGGGACUGUGAAUUUGGAGCUUUGGUCAGAAAGCAGACCCGUCUCAAAGGAAUCUCCACUUAGAAUAUCUCAUGGAUACGAGGUAAGAGUAUUGUCAUAA